UCGAACUAUAGCUCCUUCCGCCCUCACACCUAUUGUAGGUGGUGAUAUUAUUCAAAAUGAGGGUCAUAUAAAAUAUCCCUACAUGGUGUCGUUGCAGCAAAAAUUUAAUAAAUCUCUUGAAAAUUACGAAUUUUACUAUAAGCAUUUUUGUGGAGGAAGUUUAUUAAACUCGAUGUGGAUUUUAUCUGCAGGGCAUUGUUUAUGGAACAAAAAUAUUGCAAACGUUUUUGCUGUUAUAGGUCAUGAAAAUAUUACAAAUAUUAGUCAAGAACAUCGUCUUGCUAUUGAACGUGUAGAAUUUAUUUACUUUCAGCCCACAAAUUUACAAAAUGAUAUCGCCCUUUUACGUUUACAAGAGGCCUAUAUAUCCAUCCACUUUAAUUUUAACAACAACGGUUUUUAUGGAAAAUUGCCCAAUUAUGGAAUGAAGGCCUAUAGAAAAAAUCCCUGUAAAAUUAUUGGCUUUGGAGCUCAGAAACAUGCUGGACUAAUACAGGAGCAAUUACAUGAAGCGGAGGUUUAUGUUAUUACUAAUAAACAUUGUCGUUUGCUAUUGGGAUAUGUUUGGGCACCACAAAAAGGAGAUAACACAGUUUGUGCUUUGGGAACCUAUCAGGAUACCUGUCAGGGAGAUUCUGGCGGUCCUUUAAUAUGCAAAUAUAAUGAAAAAGAUUAUAUAUAUGGUAUAGUAUCCUACGGCUUAACUUGCGGUAUUAAAGGAAUGCCAAGCAUUUAUACAAUUACUGGUCCUUAUAUUGAAUGGAUUCAUUUAAUAAUUAACGAAUGAAUAAAUUAUUCAUAAUUAAAACACAAAUGAAUUUUAAAUUACAUACGUACAUAAUAAAUUGUAACAGGGAUAUUUAUUAACAAAAUAAAUUACAAUUUUUGAUUCUUUGA